AUGUCAUCAGCUGCAGCUAACCAGAAUUUUGAAACUGAGCACAUCUCAGAGGACUACUCCUCCGAUCAAGAACAAACUUCUGUGAAUGAUAUUUUCAAUGAAAAACCUAUAUUGACUCUUCCUGUCAUCAAGCAUUAUUUGGCGACAAGAUUUAUAACUUUAUUGGAUUUACCAGUUUACCACCUGGACAAAAGAUGGUACCAACUCAUAAACCCUAUUCCUGGGUUGAGGGAAAUGACAUUGAGAGAGUGGAACUAUUAUGGGUUGGGUUGGUUUGGUUGGGUGUUGGAUGCCAUGGAUUUCUUUUGUGUUUCUGUUGCCUUGCCAGAAAUCGCACUUAGUUUGAACUCGAGUGUGGCUGAUAUUACUUGGGGGUUGACGUUGGUUUUGAUGCUUAGGGCUGUGGGAGCUCUUUUAUUUGGGUUGCUUUCAGAUCGGUUUGGAAGAAAGAAAUGUUAUAUCGGACUUUGGAUAUUGUUUAUAUUUGUUGAGAUUGGUACUGGGUUUGUUCAAACUUAUCGACAAUUCCUAGGAGUUCGUGCUGUGUUUGGUAUCUUGAUGGGAAGUAUGUUACCUGUAUGUAUGGUUACUGCCAUGGAGAGUUUGCCAUUGCGGGCAAGAAGUAUUUUGUCGGGUACAUUUUCACCAGCUUAUUGUGUGGGAUACAUUAUGGCUGUGGUGUGGUACAAGGUUUUUGAACCAACUUACAAAGACGGUGAAGGAUGGAGAAGCUUAUUUUGGUUCAGUGGUGGUUUGAGUGUUCUCUUGAUCGUUUGGAGGUUAUUGGUUCCAGAAUCAUAUGAGUUUUUGGAGAUGCAAGAAAAGAAGAGGAGAUUUAAGCAGCAGAACCAGAAAACCGGUUUACAAAAGUAUUUCAAUACUACCAUUGUGCAAACUGUAAAGACGGAAUGGUUAUUGUUGACAUAUCUCUGUCUUGCAUACGCUGGUUGGAAUUUCAUGGCCCAUGGAACUCAAGAUUUAUACGUUACAAUGUUGUCAAACCAAUUUGGUGUUGAUAUCAGUAAGAGAACCAUGAUUGUUGCCUUGUCUAAUUUUGGUGGACUUAUUGGUGGCGCAUGUGUGGGAAACAUUUCCGAAGUUUUCGGAAGACGGUUGUCAGCCAUUAUUGCUACAAUUGGAUGUGGAGCGUUUGUUUACCCAUCUUUUUUUGACGCCGACAAGAAUUGGGGAGCUUAUAUUGUGUUGAUUGCAUUAAUGAUUGCUUCAUGGGGUGUUUCAUUUGCUUAUGCUUUGGAAUUGUUCAACAAGGCACAUAGAACAUUGUUGGUUGGAUUGGCAUACCAAAUUGGUAAUUUGAUUAGUGCUGGAAGUGCUACUAUUCAAGCUCGGCUUGGUGAAAAGUACCCAAUUCCUGGUGCUGCUCCCGGUGUUUACGAUUAUGGGAAGGUCAUGUGUAUCUUUUGUGGCGCCGUUUUUGCAUACAUGGUUAUUAUCUUGAUAUUGGGUCCGGAAAAGUUUCACCGGAAGUUGCAGAUUGAUCGGACAGAACUUGGCGCGAUAUCAGAGCUUGAAGAAGGUAUGGUAUUAGACAAGUCUGACAAGGAGAGGAAAAAGUGA